GGAGGUCCCUAAGUUAGAGUCAAAUUUCGAUGAAAGAGAAUCUGGUGAUCAGAUAGAUGAUGAAAAUGAUAACAAGUUGGGUUUAAUUAAUAUUGAAGCUGAACAAGAGUUACCGCAAAGAUCUGUUAGAAACAGACGCGCUCCUGCCUAUUUGUCAGACUAUGUGUUAGGUUUUGAUUAAUUUUGAAUUGUUGUUUUAUAUGCCUGUGAGUUAAGAGUAUUCAUUUCUCGGACUAGUAAAUAUAUUAAAUUGGUUUUUGUAUCCUUUUAGAAUCAAACCCAUGGCUAAUACCAAGUUAACUAAAGCGAAGCAACAGGAAGGAUGUCCUUUCUGUGACAAGCCAGUAAACGAGCCUUGGCAGGAUCAUGUUAUCUUAUGCUCAGGCCAAAAACACAAAUGUCUGACGUGUGGAGUUCGCUUUAAGAAGAACAGCUAUCUUCUGAAACACAUGAAGAGACACGCUCAACCAGCUACAGUAACGCCACCAGCGAAAAAACAGAAGUUAAGUCCCUCUCAGUCUUUAGAGAAAGCCCCAGAAAGGAUCAAAUCCACACUCACUACACCAGGUUUAGAAGAGGAUGACAGCCCGAGUGAAUGGGAAACGCAAGACCCUGGCAACCUAGAAGAAGUUUUAUUAGGAUCGUGUAGUGGGACAGAUGAAGAGGAAGAGUCAAUGGCAAAAGAUGAAGACAAUGAUCUAGAAAUCGGAAGAAUAGUGAGGAAGAAAACUCAACCUGUCUUGUUCACUGGUCGCAGAUCCGAAGAAACCAAUCGAGAUCAAAAAGUUCGUAACGAAAGUAGCAAUCUGGAGCCAUCUACAAGGGAUGUAGCCGUGCAAACAGAACCAAUUUUGUAUGUACACUCCACGAAGAAAGUAACAACCAAGUGGGAGAAUGGAGUGAAAGUAAAGGUGAUUGAGAAGAAAAAGAGCCUGAACAUGGUGUAGAGACACUCUGUUUGUUGUAAGAAAAUGGUAGAUAACCAUUUCUUGUUGUGGAAAACUUUUUGUUUAAAAAUAUUGUUAAAAAUAAUCUACGAUCAUUGUAAAUAAGAAAAAUUGUACACACUGCUUGUUUGUUUUUAUUCCUGGAUUCAAGCGAGGACGCUUGAGAAGGAGGCGUGGGUAAUGUAACAUAAAUGGUAAAUGAAAAUGGGUGAUGAGUACCGAGAGACACUCUGAAGUCGCAAACGCCCGAUUCUUUGAUUGUUCCGAGUAUCUCAGAUCACGUGAUCAAAGGGUAUAAAUACGAGAUGCCGUGAGUCAGCAGUCAGUCGCAGUGUAGACGCUGAAGUGAAUACUUCAAGGUAAGCUUAUUGUUCGUAAGUCAAUAUUGCUCAGCGAUUUGCAGAACAAUAAUACUGGCGUAUAGAAGCAACUUGUCUUCGUGAGCGUUGCUUAGAUUCAGCGAGUUGACAUUUGUUAUCAGUUACGAGGGUGCUUCGUGGGGUUGCUUUGAAGUGACCGACAGAAGCGACGGGUUGUUUGAAGCGACCGAUAUAAGCGACGGGUCGCUUGAAGUGACUGAUAGAAGCGACGGGGUGUGUCGGAGCGACGCAUAGAGUUCGGCUACGGCCCAUACAUUCAAAUAUUUAUAAUUAAGUGAGUUUUGAAUCAAUAAAAGCUAGGCAAGCGAUAAGGAAAAUUAUUAUAUAUCUUAAACAAUUAUCAUAAA